UCGGCAACAGAAAUGAGCUUUCCUGCUUUCCUCUGGGCUGCAGACCCUGGGCGUCUGCAAUCUGGCGGCCGCUGGCUUCUUCUGAGGCUCUCUCCCUAAUGUGCUGCUGGCCAUCUUCUCCUGGCCCUGCUGCCAAACACACCUGUGACUUUCUGAGGCCACGGCUGUCAGGGUUCCAGCAUGGGAAACUCAAGGAAUGCAGUUCUUCACAUGACGCCUACACACUAACUCUGAACUCUUAGGGCGGAAGUGGAUUUUUCAAGGAAUGCACACGUUGAGGAGGCAGUGGAGGGCAUCCUUCCGAGACUACAGGCACCCCAUGCUGGCCUUCCCAAGGUGGACUGCUGUGGCUGUGCAAGCAGGUCAAGUCGCCCUGGAGCACUCGGAGGCCCGCUAUGACUCAGGGGAGCCAGAGCGCCUCUGCUUGGCCCUGGGAUGCGGGCCCCGGCCCCUCCGCUCCCUGGUCACCAGUCACCUCUGACAGGUGCAGCGUAGAACCUGCAGUUCCUGCAGUCCCAGGUGCCUGGGAUGUAUUCGGUGCUUUCUUCCCACAGAAGCAAGGUUACUGUCAUUAGCAACCAGGGCGCAGACCACCUAACGAUCCCCAUCUGCGGACAGCCAACUCUGACUGGCGCCCAGCCAGGCCCCACACCCAGCGUCUGGAAUGAGAUCACUCAUCUGCUGAGAUCUUGCCCUGUGCCGCUUUUUAGAGAUGGGCUUGCUAAUCACCCUGCUCAACUGUGACACCCAAGAAAAGCUGAGCGGGUAAAGUUAUAUGCAGCCACCCUGUGACCUGUGUGCACAUAGCAGGUCAAUAAAACUCAGGCAGAGUGACAAUGACAGCUGCCUUGUGGCAUUCAGAGGGAAUCGAGCAGUUAAUUCUGUUUGGGAGCCUCGGGGACCCGUAUAUCAUUACAACUCAGCUGCACAGAGAGAAGCGCAUAAGCCACACUCGGGGCGAGCACAGUGAGCCCAAGCUGCGCGGGGACCCUCUUGGGGUCAUCUCAAGACCUGGCAGAGCCUCUGCCACCAGCCUGAUCCACACAGCAACCUCCUGGCCACGGCUCUGCUCUCCCCUCUGUCGUCACUGGCUGCAAAAACUGGACAAGUUCCUAACCUUGAAGGGGACCAAGAAGAACAACAGGACAGGCGGACGUGAUGGGGGUUGGGAAGUCCAGGGCCAGCACCAAGGACAAGGACCCCAAGAGGGUGCUGCUGCUGAAGGGGAGGCAGAAAUUUUCCUCCUGGGAUGACAUCCUGCUCUCAGGAAAGGACCCUCGGUCCCUGCUGAAGCGGGGCAUGUGCCAUGUCAGCUUCAGCUUGGUCACCAAAGGGAUGACUGAUGUUCCCGACUUUCUGUGGGGCUUGUCAGAGGUCCAGCGACUCAAUCUGUCCCACAACAUGCUGCGGGUUCUACCUCCAGACGUGGGGAGACUGACUCGGAUCGUGGUCCUGAACCUGUGCGGGAACCGGCUCAAGAGUCUGCCCCGGGAAGUCGGCCACCUGCAGAGCCUCAAGGUGCUGUUCGCCAACAUGAACUGCCUGGCGGAGGUGCCCGCCGAGCUCAGCUUGUGCAGAAGCCUGGAGGUGUUGAGUCUGUCUCACAACCGCCUGUCCCAGCUUCCAGCCAGCCUCGCCGACCUCUCCAGACUGCGAAAGCUGAACAUUAGCAACAAUGAGUUUGCGCACAUCCCCAUCUGUGUGUUCUCCUUGAAGGAGCUGGACUUCCUGCACGUGGGCUCCAAUCGCCUGGAGAACGUCGCCGAGAGCAUCCAGUGCCUGGCCGGCCUGCAGAUCUUCAUCGCAGAGAACAACAACAUCCACUCCUUCCCCAGGUCGCUGUGCCUCGUCACCAGCCUGGAACUGCUGAAUCUGAACAACAAUGACAUCCAGACCCUGCCGGACGAGCUCUACCUGCUGUGCAGACUGAGGAGGAUUGCGUGGAACCCCAUGGACAAAGGGCUCCACAUUUCCCAUAACCCGCUCUCCAAGCCCCUGCCUGAGCUGGUGGAGGGUGGCCUGGAGAUGCUCUUCAGCUACCUGAAGGAUAAAAAGCACAACUGAUGUGGACACAGGAAGCUUGGACGGGAGCCAGUCACGCAGACCCUGGGGCUGGAGUUCUUUCCCUCCAGUCGAGGCCUGUCCUUGAGCUCUCAGCCUGAGCCGGUGUUUUGCUUCCACUGGUUGAAUUGUUAUUGCACAUCUGCCUGUGGGAAGCGUCUGCUUAUGACUCUGUGUUCUCAGUGACCACUAGGGUAGCAUGUUUAUCUCAUUCUCAACAGACAACAUAGCAGGUUUUUGGUUUUAGCCAAAGAAAAUGUUUCGGGUGUUUUUUUACCCUUGAAUGGGAGGCAACCUACAGACAGGUGGCUACCGCACGUCCAGUUCCUGUGCUUGCCGCUACAGAGGGUCCUUAGGACCAGGGACCAGAAUGUAGCCAGGCCCCAGGGUGCCAAGGACCAAUACAGUUGUACCCCUCCAGGAGCCACCUCGCGACCCCUCUGCCCAUCAGCCAAGUCUCUGCACUCUGCAUUCACUUCCUGGAUUUGCUCUCUACGGGAUAGGCUGAUCCGUGGGCAGGACAAGGAGGAGAGGUGCAGACAAGCCCCACGCAGGAAGUGGGCACCUUCCCAGCCAGGCACCUAGCCAGGGGGGGUGGGUCUUUGCUACUUGGCUUUCGCAUCUGUGCGCUUUAAAAAACGAGUUCCGUGACAUUCAAAGCUCUUUACACAAACGAUUCUGUUUUGCUUUUGAUUUUAAGAGUACGCAGCUGUUAGAGACAUCAGCAAGCGGUGGCCGUGCUCCGGCACCAGGGUCACUGGAUCUUCCUGCUGUCACGGCAACCAGAGUGCAGGACAUGACUGUCUCCUCUGGGUGAAGAAGCCAGAACGCAAAGGCGGCAGGAAGGAGGUGCAGGACACGGGGCUGGAAACCUCCGAGGGGCAGCGACGUCCUGUUCUUUCUACCCGCUGAGCAGGUUUUGGAGGAGGAGACCGGCCCACAUGGGUUUCUGCCACGUGCAGUAAGCCAUGAGCCCGGCCAGCCUGAGAUCAAAGCAAGAACAACACACUGCAUGGUGUAGACCUGCCUGAGGGCCAAAGUUUAGCGAGGAAAGCACAGUAAGCAAAGAUCACAGAGGAGCCAGCUGAACCCUCCACUUCCGCAGCCAUGUGACCCUCGGCUCCCCGCCCCACCCCCACUUGGAGAGGCGCACAGGCGCCUGGCGCGCAGUUCCUCUGAAGCGUCUGGAUUUAGGCAGGCCUAGCGUGCAGCUGUCUCACUUUUUUAAAGAAAGCGCCCCUAGGGGGUCGAAAUAGCUUAUUCAUAGGAAUAAGUGAUUUUCCCCAAGAGACUACAAAAUCAGUUCUCCCAGCCUAAAAGGAGGCCAAGUGCAGCCGUGCUCAUCCCAUCCUGCAGUCCUGUAGUUCCAUAUUCAGGUCUGUGCGUGAGCUCUGGUGCGCCACUGAAGAAGUCGCUUCUAAAACCCGCUCCAGCGGCAGCUGGAGAGCCGUGCCUGCCAGGCCCGCGGGGGCUCGCGCCCCAGUCCUGGCCCGAGUUCCCUCACCUAUUCAAAGCUCUUGGUGGAAUUCUCCCUGGCCCCUCGACUCCCGCGAACUUGUGGGGUGAGAGUUCCCGAGUAGAACUGGGCAGGACACUCGCGGAGGCUCUGGCAGAAGCCCGCGCAGCUGUCAGACAGGCGCGGCGCGUGCCAGGAUGGCGGCCGGCGGCACCUGCUGCCCCUGGGCGCUCGCGUUUGCACGACCUUGCUGUGGGCAGACAGGAGCCGAGGACAGCAGCUCCAGGGCCUUGCUGCUGAGCCACCGCUUCACUGUCUCUCCUCAGCCACUCCAACCCUCAGCAACUACUCCAGGGGACAGAGGCAGCCACAGUUUGAAGGUGACCUGAGAGCUUAUUACACUCUUUAAAAGAAGAAAACCUGGUGUCAGUCCGACUGCCAGCUGCCAAGGGUGUUUCUCAGAAGUAGAGAGGCAGGAUUUUCUUUGUGAACACUGCACUGAGAAGUCACAAAAGUGUAGUUGUCGACUGUUGUGCUUUAGAUAUUGAUUCUUUGUGAAUCCCAGUUUUUAUUGAUAAAGGGAAGUGCUGAGCAACACACUGGUUACCCUGCUUAGUUAUUCGAAGCCCGACCAGGGAGGGAAGUUGAGGUGACCUUCAAUGUCUUUGCUGUCGGAUCUGCCAGUUUGCUGACUGGCUGGGAAAGGCUUCAUGCCUGUCUUUGGACGUUGGAUGCCACCGCAGCCAAAUCAUUUCCCAAUACCCUGGAGCUGCCGAAUCCAGGCCCAGUGGAUGGCUACGUUGGCUGUGGAGUGUAUUCAGUCACUAAAUGAAUAUGAGCUAAUUGGGCACUUGAAGUGGAGUCUGGUGAUGACAUUGCGGUC